AUGCUCUUUGCUUCCUUCAUUGAGCAAAGAGAAAAGGCAGGACUAUUGGAACAAAUCACUGAAACUCAUGGGACAAUUAUUGACAUUACUUCAGAGAUUGUCUUGGUCCUUCUCAUUAUUUCUGUGUUAGUAGAAGUGAAGCAGCCUCAAAAGAAGGUCACGGCUGACGAAACUGCUUUUCAUAAAACCGGGUUCCAAGAAACGUUUGAUCCUCUUCAUUGUGAACUGUUUUCGCUAAGGGACAAAGACAUUUCUGCAAAUCUGACAGACUUGUCAGAAGAACUGAACAACUACCAGAAGACAUGGCGCUCCUCCACCACCUCCCAGUGCAUCCACGACCACCACUGGGGUUCGCUGACCUCCAGCAUCAAACAAAGCAGGACCAACCUCAGUUCCGUGGAACUUCCUUUCCGAAAUGACUUUGCACAACCACAGCCAAUGAAAACAUUCAAUAGCACCUUCAAGAAAAGUAGUCACACUUUUGAACAGGAAACGAGUGCCCUAAACAGCCGCUAG